CUAAUGCUUUAAAAUUAUUAUAUUUUGGUUUUAAAAUAGGUGAUGUCGUGUAGACUGAAAAUUCUGAAGGCCUAAUUAAACUAUAUAAGACCAUGCAUUGUAUUUUUUUAUAUGUGUUAAAGCCUAUGAUUAUGAAUCAUAUUUCCAAAAUCCACUUUGUUGUGCUACACUGAUUUUAUAUGUGCAUGGUAUAAAAAGUAAUACUAAUAAAUAAACCGAGAGGCUUGCAAACAUCAACAUAGACAUACAUGUAAAUGAUUGUUCGUGCAUCAUGCAUAUUUGUAUCUCGGUAGAAGAACACGCCAUCUAUUAAUGAACAGAAACCCACGAAACUUUCUUAGUUUAUUGAACUUUUCAAGAGGCAGAAAAAAUCACCAAGUCCAAGACCACUUUUUUCUCCUCAUUCUUCUGCUACAGACUUGUUCCUUAUCUCUCAAGGAUUUGCUAAAAAUAGAUGAGGAUAUUUGUCCGAAAUUUUCUGUCCCUUACUCUCUUUUAUCUAUCCUCUCUUCUCAGUUUUUACUACGUACCUCUUUCAUUACGGGCUCAGAAGACACUGAAGUUUUGAUUUUCUCUCAAAAUGGCGUUCAUGAGACUUGGCUCCAAAUCCGAAGCUUUCCAUCGCGAAGGCCAAACCUGGCUUUGCACCACAGGACUGGUGAGUGAUGUUACCAUAGAGGUUGGAGACAUGAAGUUUCAUCUCCACAAGUUCCCAUUGCUCUCUAGAAGUGGGCUUCUUGAGAAACUAAUCGAAGAGUCUUCAAGUGAUGAUGGAUCAAGCUGUGUUUUGAGUUUAGAUGACAUACCAGGAGGCGGCAAAACGUUCGAGCUCAUAACAAAAUUUUGCUACGGUGUGAAAAUCGAGCUUACCGCAUUCAAUGUUGUUAGCCUUAGAUGUGCAGCCGAGUACCUUGAGAUGACUGAUAACUACGGAGAAGGUAAUCUUGUCGGUAUGACAGAGACUUUCCUCAACGAAGUGUUUGGUAACUGGACAGACUCUAUCAAAGCUCUUCAGACAUGUGAGGACGUAACUGAUCACGCUGAAGAUCUUCACAUCAUCUCGAGGUGUGUUGAUUCUUUAGCUAUGAAAGCUUGUGCUGACCCAAGCCUUUUCAACUGGCCCAAGAAUCCAACGAGCGGGCAGAACACCGAAGAUGAAUCUCAUUUGUGGAACGGAAUCUCACCGUCCGGAAAGAUGCUGCAACCAACAGGUGAAGAUUGGUGGUUUGAUGAUGCAUCUUUUCUCAACUUGUCUCUCUUCAAAAGACUCAUCACAGCUAUUGAAGCACGAGGCAUGAAGCUUGAGAACAUCUCCAUGGCUGUUAUGUACUAUACAAAGAAACAUGUUCCUCUGAUGAACAGACAAGUGACUAUGGAUGAACAAGUGAUUGAGACACCGAACACUUCUGAAGCCGAACAAAAGGAUGCCCUCGAAGAGAUUAUCGGUAUGCUUCCGACCAAGAAAGGUGUAAACCCGACCAAGUUUCUCCUCAGGCUGCUUCAGACCGCGAUGGUGUUGCACACAAGCCAAUCCUCGAGGGAGAAUCUUGAGAGACUUAUAGGAAACCAACUUGAGCAAGCUGCUCUAGUGGAUCUUCUUAUACCGAACAUGGGAUACUCUGAAACGCUUUAUGACGUUGAGUGCGUGCUGAGAAUGAUCGAACAGUUUGUCUCUUCAACGGAACAAGCAGGGAUGGUCCCUUCUCCAUGCAUCGUAGAAGAGGGACAUUUGGUGAAAGAUGGAGCCGAAAUGCUAACUCCUCCAACGCUAGUGGCAACUCUCGUCGAUGGUUAUCUAGCUGAGGUGGCACCUGAUGUUAACUUGAAGUUAGCGAAGUUUGAAGCCAUCGCUGCUGCAAUCCCUGAGUACGCAAGACCACUAGAUGAUGGAGUCUAUCACGCAGUUGACGUGUUCUUGAAGGCGCAUCCGUGGAUUACGGAUUCGGAAAGGGAGCAUAUAUGUAGACUGAUGAACUGCCAGAAGCUCUCACUGGAAGCAAGCGCACAUGCAGCACAGAACGAGAGGCUGCCUCUUAGGGUGAUUGUCCAGGUUCUGUUUUUCGAACAGCUUAGGCUCAGGACAUCUAUAUCGAGCUGGUUCUUUGUCUCUGAAAAUCUAGACAACCCGGAGCACCAGAAUGGCGGGAACGGUGGUUUACUUAAACCGAGAGGCGAGAACGUGAGAGAGAGGGUUUCUGAGCUGGAGAAAGAGUGUAUGAACAUGAAACAAGAGCUUCAGAAGCUGGUGAGGUCUAAGAGAAGCUGGAAGAAUUUCACUAGGAAGCUUAACUUCAAGAAGAAGUCAGAGUGUUGCAAGCCUAAGGAUCAUGAAGCGAAGCAAGCUAUUUAAACAAGAACCAGUCCGCUGGAUAUCAAACUACUACGUACUCUGUUUCAAAGCUGAACUACUAGUAUUAUUAUUGUCUUCUCCUUUUUUUUAAUUCACUUUAGGUAGAAAGAUCACAACCUCGAUGAUCUAAUCAGAUUAGCUAUGUUUUUUUCUUGUUCUUGACGGUACUCUUGUGUUUUCAAAAGUUUUCAUUAUUCUCUUAACUAUCUUGCUGAGAGA